AUGCAGAAAAGGUCUCUGUUAUUACAAAUCUCUCAGCUCCCCAAACUCCAUCGUCGGUGCAAUCAAGCCUACUUCUUCUCAUCUGGAAAAACCCAAAAUUUCCAUUCAUUCCCAGACAAUAAUGGCGAUCCUAUGUAUUCAGACGUGCCCAAGCCACGGACAGACAAGUCCCAAAGGAAACCGUACCCGACACCCAUGAAAGAACUGAUUAAAAGGGCUAAACAAGAAAAAGAAUUAAGAAAAUCCCAACCUUGUAGAUUGCUUGAACAUCCUCCCGCCAAUGGGUUGUUGGUCCCUGAACUCGUCGACGUCGCUCACCGAGUCUACCGAGCUCGUGAACUCAUCCUCUCCGGUUUGUCCAAACUCCUCCAGUUCAUCCCAGUUCAACGAUGCAGAUUUUGUUAUGAGGUUCAUAUUGGAAAUGUGGGUCAUGAAAUCCGUACUUGUACUGGUCCAAAAAGCGGUUCUAGGAGUGCCACUCAUGUAUGGAGGAAAGGAGGGGUGGGUGAUGUGAUAUUUUUCCCCAAAUGUUUCCAUCUCUAUGAUCGUGUUGGGAAAUCUAGGGUUGUUCAUGAUGAAAGACUCAGUGCCCCUCGAAUCCCUGCAAUUUUAGAGCUCUGUAUACAAGCUGGUGUAGAUGUUGAAAACUACCCUUCAAAGAGAAGAACCAAACCUGUAUACUCUAUUGAAGGUAGAAUAGUGGAUUUCGAGUCAGUGGCCGGGAUGGAUGAAAUGGAAACCAACUUGUUUUUUGAGAACGUUGAUGACACUGAAGUUGAUGUAUUGAGAAGGGAUCCAAAUUUGGAGUUAAAUGCUGAAGAUACCAACUUGAUAGAGUUGAGUACAAGGACAUUGGAUUCAUGGUUUGAAAUGAUAGGAGGUGUGAGAAAGAUCAUGGAGAAGUACAAUGUCUGGACGUGCGGCUACUGUCCAGAGGUUCAGGUUGGUCCUAAGGGACAUAAAGUCAGGAUGUGUAGAGCAUCGAAGCACCAGUCCCGAAAUGGUUUGCACGCAUGGCAAGAAGCAACCAUCAAUGAUCUCGUUGGUCCUAAUUAUGUCUGGCAUGUUCACGAUUUGAACGGUCCUCCUCUGCGUAACGAUUUGAAGAGAUAUUAUGGUAAAGCCCCUGCUGUGGUGGAGCUGUGUGUACAAGCUGGUGCACCUGUUCCAGAUCAAUAUAGAAGUAUGAUGAGAUUAGAUGUGGUUCCCCCUGAACGUGAUGAAGUUGAUCUUGUGGCUUGAAUUGCUCUGUUUUGCGCAGAGGUAUUCGAUGUAUUAACAAAGAACCCCCUGACAAAACCCUUCGGUCCUCGGUUUUUACAGCUAAAUUAUUACAACUAACCAAGCCUCAACAACUUAGUCUUAAAGUAUUUAGAUGUGAGGUGUCAUUUUCGUUUCGCAUGCUGAAGUUUCAAUUCCUGAUGUCCUUAUGACAGCUCCUUCCAUUAGCUGCCCAUUUGAAAUAAGAAUUUCAUGAAAGUGGUGAAGUUGGUUGAGUCUCUGGAACGGUAGGAGCUAAAUGUAGAGGAUAAUAUGGAAACAUCAGGUUAAACGAGGGAAGAUGAGCAUAAGGUAGCUUCUCUAUUCAAGUAUAAUAAUUUUUGUACUCUUCUGCUGUAUUUCUUUGGUUUAUUUUUCAUAAGAUAUAAUUCCUAUUAUUUGAGGUCUAAGAUCUAAGUCCUAUUACUCUCUACUAAUCUCCAUUAUAUUCAGUUCAUUUAUUUCUGCAGAAAUGUUUUCUUCAUUUUGCUAGAUAUGAAGUUCCUCUUCCUUAUGGCAAAGGCUUAAAUCUGUAUGGCCAAUGGAUAUGGCUAUGUGUCUAACACGAAUAGAGUUAAUUUUUUAAAAGGUUUUCAUGUAUUUAGGUCUUUGGAGAGUCACACCAAUGUUCAAAUAUGUUUCAGACACAAAUAUUUUAAGAAAAAUGAAGAGUGGGAACAAUAUAAGAUUAUUAUUAUCACAAACCAAAAUCCAAUAGUCAUCCGAGUUUGGAUAACAUAGGACAUCAGUACCCUGGAUGAUCAGCAGAGCUAUACUUGUAAUUCACAUUGGUUUUUCAGGUGGGUAGUCUAUUGUCAUUGUUUCACCCUGUGACAUUGUCAUGCAGCCACUGCUACUUCAAUUUCUAGCUGUUGAAAACCAAAGGGUUCAUUCAUGUUCUUAGAGAUUUAACAGGCUUAGCAGACGGAGCCAUUUCCACCCAAAUGCAGGUCUCAACUCUGUUAUGUCUAGGGUUGAGCAAAAGUGACUUAACCAAGCUAUCGGAGUUAAAUGGUUGGAUCAUGUGGGUUCACUUAUGAAUUUUUGUUGGAAUUAGUUGGUUUAGUCGGUUACCAGUUUAGAAAGUGACUUAUCAAACAUGAAAACUGAAAGGGUAGGUUUGUUUUCUGAAAAGCAUUGUAGAUUUGAUGUGAAAUAGUGAAUUUAGAAGUUUGGUUUAUAGUUUUUCUUUAAAUUCCCACACAAACAAGUGUUGAAAUUUGGUGCAUUUGACUGCUACCUACAUGUAUUGAAUUUCCAUACACAUCUGUUUCUAAUUUUGACGAAACUAAUUUAAUUUUUCUGUGAAA